AUGAUACUUACGAUAUUUUAUCUUGAUUCUGAGAAAUAUGGUUCUGAAUCUGAUUUGACUAGAAGUAUUCCACUCAGACAGAUAAAAGCUUCACAGGAUACUAAACCCUCGAAUCAUAAUUAUGAUAUAAUUGAAACGCCUAUUAUAAAAGAACAAGAAGUCUUAGAACCUAUUUCUUAUCCAGAAAAUAGUACUUUAUAUAAUAAUUUACAAAAUGACCUAGGAUCACAUUCUCGAAGAAACCACUCACCCUUGAAACCAGUUCCGUUGAGAAUGAUUUAA